AUGGUCGGUCGGGACUUCCUGAGAUAUUUCUGCGCUUUCAUCAUCCUUGUAUCAGUCGGGUUGCUAGCAUUAAAGCUCCAACUGACAAACCCAAUAACCCCGGACACGAACCGUUUAAGACCCGUUUGGGUUCCCAUCAGGAGGUGGCCUCCCGUCGGCGCAGACCCGUUAUCUGGUUUUGUAGGUUUUGGAACCAAAUCCUCAAGACCCGUCGAUGCCCAAACGGUGCCGUUUCCUUAUUUUAGGGACCCGGAGUACGAAAACGGAUCUGGACUUGACCCGAAGAUAUGCAUCACAACAACUACUUCUGCUGGGCUAGAACAGAUUGUACCAUGGAUAUUCUAUCAUAAAUUUGUGGGGAUUUCGAACUUUUUUCUCUUUGGGGAAGGCCAAGCUGCGUCGCCUGAAGUUUAUAAUGCUCUUAACUCGAUACCGGGAGUAAUACUUAUUAACAGGACACAAGAGUUGGUGAAGCAACAGUCGAGCAGCCGGAUAUGGAACGAGCCUUGGCUGACACCAUUCUUUAAUAAACCGUGCACCUAUGAAUUGUUUGUGAGGCAGACAUUGAACAUGGAAAGCGCAAUUGUCAUGGCAAGGAAUGCUGGCAUGGAUUGGAUAAUUCAUAUAGACACCGAUGAGCUGAUGCAUCCGGCUGGCACUCGAGAAUAUUCUGUCCGGAAACUUCUAUCAGCCGUGCCUCGAGAUGUCGACACGGUGAUCUUUCCAAAUUAUGAGAGCGCUGUCGAGAGAGAAGACGUUAAAGAACCGUUCACUGAGGUGACAAUGUUCAAGAAGAAUCUGAACCAUCUCCCGGGAGAAUCAUAUCUUGCUAAUUCCAAAGAAGCCUACCAUGGUAACCCGUACUAUUUUCUAACUUACGGCAAUGGAAAAUCGGCUGCUCGUGUUCAAGAUUAUCUGCGUCCGAGUGGAGCCCACAGAUGGGACAAUUAUAUGAAAACACCUAUGGAGAUCGAGUCCAAUCAGGCCGCUGUUUUGCACUACACUUAUGCAAAGUUCUCGGACCUUACUUCACGGCGCAAUCGGUGUGGCUGUGAGCCGACAGCACAAGGCACGGACAAAUGCUUCAUGUUAGAUUUCGAUAAAAAUGCCUUCUUGAUUGCUUCGAAGGGUACAGAGGAGGAAAUGCUGAAAUGGUAUCGUGAACAUGUCGUCUGGGCUGAUAAGGAGGUGAAUGAAGAUCUCUUGGAUAAAGGAAUCUUGACACGAAUAUACACUCCAAAGCAUAUCAUACAAGACUUGAGGAAAUCGGGAUAUUUCACCUCUUUCAUGACACCAGCUGAGGAAACUGUUCGGUCCACAAGCUCGGUUGAUAAGCUUAACUACUGA